AUGAAUUUGAUGAGCGACGCUGUUUUCCAAGUGAUAAAAGAGGAAAUCGGAAAGCACGAGGCUGUGAAGAAAAUGAAAGGUGUCGUCGAGUUCCGCAUAAACGUCGAAGGACAGGAAAGAUCAAUUAAAAGUAAGGAAAGAACUUCUCUUUUAUCGAAGAAAAAGUUUCAGCGAUCGACUUUCACCGUUUUCCCGCAACUGUUUCUCAAGGAAAAAGUAGCAUGAAGCCGAGUGCGACAGUCACGGAAAGUUUUUGCCUACGCGGAUAACUGAAAAACAUUUUGCAGAUGGAAGACGAGGAUUUUGUACGGCUGUGCAUGGGAGACUUGGACCCGAUCCAGGGUUUCAUGAGCGGAAAAUUGAAGGUGAAAGGAGACAUUCUUUUGAUGCAGAAGCUCAGCUCCGUACUCAAAGGUGCCCGUAAAAGCUUACUCUGA